AUGGACGCGCCAAACAUGGACGACCUGAACCUCUCCGACUCGGACAGCGACGCCAUCUUCGACACGCCGGCUGCGCGCAAGAACAAGAAGAAGGCCCAGGACAGUGGUGCCGAUGCGGGGGAGGGUGCGGCCAGCGGGAAGACGCGUGCAAAAGAGUCGCACUACACCACGGAAGAAAAUCGCGAGGCUGCAUUGCGACGGGAGUUGGAGAGCAUACGCAAUGUGAACAAGGUCAUUGAGGGAGUCGUGGAAAGCUUGCAGAAGGCCAAGGACAACAUGGAGGUCAGUCACAUUACUGAUGACGUUGUAGACUGUUUCCAAGACUGUGCAAAACGCCUCUACUCUCCUCCAAACAUGGACCCGCAUUCUAUCGCAGACCGAGCACAACCAGCGACUGAUCCUCAACCCGCAAUGGCAGGGCGCAUCGCAAGCACCUGGUCGCAAUUGAAGAGGAAGAGGUGUACAGACAGCAGGCGGCUGAGCGUCGCGCAGCAGAAGACCAGGCAAAGAGAGAGGCUGCGGCCAGGAAAAUGGAAGAAGAGCGAAGGCGCGCAGAGGCACCACCCCGGGCAGGAACAAGAGGCAGAGGCAGAGGGACACGAGGCCGCGGAACAUCUACUUCAACCACCACAACGGGAGGCUACGUCGGAGUUGGCGGGCAGGCUGGAAGAGGCGCCAGUCGCAGACGGUUCAAUAGGUGGUCGAGCUGGCAGCGGCAUCGGACGGGGCCUGCGAGGAAGAGGCAGAGGUCUGACAUAG